UUCUUAGAAAUCAAAACAGUGAGCAAAUACUAUCUGUUUCAAAACAACAACAAUCCUUUGGUUCACUCUUCCAAAACAGCUGUUCAGAUCAGAAGCCAUGCUCAAAAGUUUUUCUCCAAGGUGGCUCGUGAAGCUGACAGUAGUAGCGACAGCUCGAUCAAAACGGUUGUGAUCCCACCUCCUCGUCCAAAGAGGAAACCAGCACAUCCUUAUCCUCGGAAAUCGCCUGUUCCAUAUUCUCAGUCUCCUUCCUCAGCUAUGGAGAAAGGAACAAAAUCUCCAACUUAUGUGCUAUCACCAUUUGAUUCAGAGGAUCAGGUCAACCGAUGCUCCUCUCCUAACUCGUGUACCAGUGACAUGCAAUCCUUUGAUAAGAAGAAUGACUACGCAACAUCCAAGAAAUCUUGGAGAACUUGGAGAAGAGUGCAGAAGCACGGAAACGGCUAACCUCGUUAGAAAAACAAGAACCCUGUUAUCGUGCAAAUGUGUUCAGACCAUACAAGAGAUGCUUAUCGGCAUACCUCGUUAGAAAAACAAGAACCCUGUUCUUCAUCACCAAGUGUAUUCGUUCAACUAAUUGAAACUAUAUUUCAAGCUUAAGUAUCGUUUCAAUAAUUAAUAGUCAAGAUUUGGCCAAGGUGAUUAGAAAAACGUGAACUUUAAACUAGGCUUCAGAUUACUGAAACUUCGUGCAAGGCCAACAUCUAUAGAACUUACCUGCAUGGAUUGCUUGAAAAUAUCGCAUUGGGAAUAACAUCUCGAAGCUCUUCAGUUAAAGAGUUUGGUAAGCCGCAUCUUGGCAAGACUGUUGAGGG